ACCUGUGUGGCUUCAGGACAGAUCCAGAGAGUUUUAUUAACUCUAUUAAAGAACUGAUUAAAUUAACUCAUUAACCCGUGUUGUCUUAACUCAUUAAUCUCUUUGGAAUCACCUGUCCAGAGGGCAGAAACUCAGGGAAUUUGGGAGGAGGGAAUGAUUACCUCCUGGGAAAGGUGGGAAACAGGCACGGGCAUCAUCCUGAGGAGGGGUGACAAACCUCAGUGAAGGGAUUUACCAAUUAUAAUCCCAAAAACCCCAAUCCUGGAGUGAUUUGUGUCAUUAUUCUUCGACUGGAUCCCAUUACCCAAUUCCCAACAGGAGAAAAAUCCUCUAGUGUGGGUUUUUUUUUUUUUUUUUUUUUUUUUUUUAACUGAACCAACAGCGUUUCUAGGGAAUUGAUUCCGUUCAGCCACACCACGCAAACCCAAUCCCCGCAAAUCAGGGAUGGAGGGGGGGGUCGUUAUCCCUGGAAACUUCCCGGGAAUCAUCCCGGGGGAGGUGGGGGCUACUCACCACAUAGAAGUCGAAGGGGAUGUGAGGCACAAAGGGUCGGAACCUAAAGGGGAGAGAACACCCGGGUUCACUCCCUGGGCCCCCAGACCUCCCCUCCCGCUCCCGCUCCUGGCCCCGCUGCUGGCCCCGCUCCCGGGCGCGGUGACGGCCCCGGCCCCGCUGACCCUCGCCGCGGUGCUGCCUCAGCACAACCUCACCUACCCGUGGGCUUGGCCGCGCGUGGGACCCGCCGUGCGCUUGGCCGCGGCCGCCGUGAAUUCCCGUCGGGAUUUGCUGCCCGGCUUCACCCUCGGGUGGGUGUUCGGCAACAGCGAGGAUCGCCACGGGGUCUGCUCGGAAAUGGCCGCGCCGCUGGUGGCCGUGGACCUGCGGCUCGCCCAUCACCCCGCGGCGUUUCUGGGGCCGGGGUGCGUGUACUCGGCGGCGCCGGUGGCCCGCUUCACUAGCCACUGGCAGCUGCCGCUGGUCACGGCGGGGGCCGAAGCCCACGGCUUCGACGACAAGAGCGAGGAGUUCGGCUUGACCACACGCGCCGGCCCCAGCCACCGCAAACUGGGCGAACUGGGCGUGCAGCUGCACCGGCGCUUCAACUGGACGCGGCGGGCGCUGCUGGUGUACUGGGACGAGCGGGUGGACGACCGGCCCUAUUACUUCGCCGCCGAGGGUUUGUACGUCCAGCUGCCCACCCUGCGCAACCUCACGGUCAUGGACGUCGUGUUCCGCGACGGCGGCAACUUCUCCUUCAUCAUCCAGGAGAUCAAGGCCAAGGGGCGCAUCGUGUACGUGUGCUGUGCCCCGGACACGCUGCGGGAGCUGAUGCUGCAGGCGGAGCUCGAGGGGCUCACGGGCGGUGACUUCGCCUUCUUCUACAUCGACACGUUCGGGGCCAGCCUGCAGGGCCAGCGCUUCCCCGAGCCACGGCGGCCCUGGCACCGCGGGGACCCGCACGAUGCCCGCGCCCGUCGCGCCUUCCAGGCUGUCACCAUCAUCACCUACAAGGAGCCCGAGAACCCCGAGUACCGGCCCUUCCUGCAGCGGCUCAAGGAGGAGGCGCGGGACCACUUCAACUUCUCCAUGAAGGACGGACUGAUGAAUUUCAUCGCUGCCGCCUUCCACGACGCCGUCCUGCUCUACGCCCAGGCCCUCAACGAGACCCUGGAGCGCGGCGGCUCCGUCAGCGAUGCCUCGGCCAUCACCCGCCAGAUGUGGAACCGCACCUUCUACGGUGUCACCGGCUUCCUGAAGAUCGACGAGCAGGGGGACCGGGAGAGCGACUACUCCCUAUGGGACAUGGAUCCUGAGCAGGGAAACUUCCAGAUCGUGGCCAACUACAACGGCACCACCAAGAAGAUCCAGAUGGUUCCGGGGCGAGAGAUCCACUGGCCGGGGAACGCGAUCCCGUCCGAUGUCCCUCCCUGCGGCUUCGAGGGCACCGACCCCCAGUGCAAAGCCUCGCUGUCCACCCUGGAGGUUCUGUCCCUCGUGGUCAGCCUGAUCCUCAUGGCCAUCACCGCCACCUCCUUCUUCAUCUACAGGAAGCUGCAGCUGGAGAAGGAGCUGGCGGCCGAGCUGUGGAGGGUGCGCUGGGAGGAUGUGCAGAUGAGCAGCCUGGAGAAACAUCUGCGGAGCGCCGGCAGCAAACUCACCCUGUCCCUGAGGGGCUCCAACUACGGCUCGCUGAUGACCACGGAGGGGCAGUUCCAGGUGUACGCCAAGACCGCCUACUACAAGGGUAACCUGGUGGCCGUGAAGCACGUGAACCGCAAACGCAUCGAGCUGACGCGCAAGGUCCUGUUCGAGCUCAAACACAUGCGGGACGUGCAAAACGAGCACCUGACCCGGUUCAUCGGCGCCUGCACCGACCCGCCCAACAUCUGCAUCCUGACCGAGUACUGCCCGCGGGGGAGCCUCCAGGACAUCCUGGAGAAUGAGAGCAUCACGCUGGACUGGAUGUUCCGCUACUCCCUCACCCACGACAUUGUCAAGGGGAUGCAAUUCCUGCACAACGGGGUCAUCGUGUCCCACGGGAACCUCAAGUCCUCCAACUGCGUGGUGGAUUCGCGCUUCGUGCUCAAGAUCACCGACUACGGCCUGGAGAGUUUCCGCGUGGCCCCGGACGGCGACGACACCCACGCGCUCUUCGCCAAGAAGCUGUGGACGGCGCCGGAGCUGCUGCGCAUGGAGGAGCCGCCGGCGCGGGGGACGCAGAAAGGCGACGUCUACAGCUUUGGGAUCAUCCUGCAGGAGAUCGCCCUGCGCAGCGGCGUCUUCUACGUGGAGGGCAUGGACCUCAGCCCCAAAGAGAUUAUCGAGCGGGUGAAGAGCGGGGAGCGGCCGAGCUUCCGUCCCUCGGCCAACGUGGGCUGUCACCUGGAGGAGCUGGGGCAGCUCAUGCAGCACUGUUGGGCCGAGGACGUCCUGGAGCGCCCUGACUUCAACCAGAUCAAGGUCCAGCUCCGCAAGUUCAACAGGGAGAGCAGCACCAACAUCCUGGACAACCUCCUGACCCGCAUGGAGCAAUACGCCAACAACCUGGAGGAGCUGGUGGAGGAGCGCACCCAGGCCUACCUGGAGGAGAAGCGCAAGGCCGAGGCUCUGCUCUACCAGAUCCUGCCCCACUCGGUGGCGGAGCAGCUCAAGCGGGGGGAGACGGUGCAGGCGGAGGCGUUCGACAGCGUCACCAUCUACUUCAGUGACAUCGUGGGAUUCACGGCGCUGUCGGCACAGAGCACCCCCAUGCAGGUGGUGACGCUGCUCAACGACCUCUACACCUGCUUCGACGCCAUCAUCGACAACUUCGACGUCUACAAGGUGGAGACCAUCGGUGACGCCUACAUGGUGGUGUCGGGGCUGCCGGUGCGCAACGGCAAGCUGCACGCGCGCGAGGUGGCCCGGAUGGCGCUGGCCCUGCUGGACGCCGUGCGCUCCUUCCGCAUCCGCCACCGGCCCCAGCAGCAGCUGGAGCUGCGCAUCGGAAUCCACACAGGCCCGGUGUGUGCGGGGGUGGUGGGGCUGAAGAUGCCCCGGUACUGCCUGUUCGGGGACACCGUGAACACGGCCUCGCGCAUGGAGUCCAACGGCGAGGCCCUGAAGAUCCACAUCUCGGGGGUCACCAAAGCCGUGCUGGAGGAAUUUGGGUGCUUCGAGCUGGAGCUGCGUGGGGACGUGGAGAUGAAGGGCAAGGGCAAGCUCAGGACCUACUGGCUGCUGGGGGAGCGUGGAAGCAGCACCCGGGGGUGA